AUGUCUGCGAUUAGGAGGAAAUUUGGGGAUGAUUACCAGGUUGUCAAUACCAACCAAGCUGUGGGCUUCUCUGCCCCGGUCAAGAGGAAACGCCAGCGCUUCGUGGAGAAGAAUGGGCGCUGCAACGUGCAGCACGGUAACCUUGGCGGCGAGACCAGCAGAUACAUCUCCGACCUCUUCACCACGCUAGUGGACCUGAAGUGGCGCUGGAACCUACUGAUCUUCCUCUUGACUUAUACGGUCGCCUGGCUCAUCAUGGCAUCGAUGUGGUGGAUCAUCGCGUACAUCCGAGGGGACAUCAACCACGGACACGACGAGUCCUACACCCCGUGCGUCGCCAACGUUUACAACUUCCCCUCGGCUUUCCUGUUUUUCAUCGAGACAGAGGCGACUAUCGGCUACGGGUACCGCUACAUCACCGAGAAGUGUCCCGAAGGCAUCAUCCUCUUCCUCUUCCAGUCGCUGCUGGGCUCCAUCGUCGACGCUUUCCUGAUCGGCUGCAUGUUCAUCAAGAUGUCCCAGCCGAAGAAGCGGGCCGAGACGCUGAUGUUCAGCCAGGACGCGGUCAUCUCGCAGCGGGACGGCAAACUCUGCCUCAUGUUCCGAGUGGGAAACUUGCGCAACAGCCACAUGGUCUCGGCGCAGAUCAGGUGCAAGCUGAUCAAGUCUCGCCAGACUCCGGAGGGCGAGUUCCUGCCGCUGGACCAGCGUGAGCUGGACGUGGGCUUCGGUACGGGCGCCGACCAGCUCUUCCUCGUCUCGCCGCUCACCAUCUGCCACGAGAUCGAUCCCAAGAGCCCUUUCUUCGACCUGUCCAAGCGCUCGCUCAUGAACGAGCAGUUCGAGAUCGUGGUCAUCCUGGAGGGCAUUGUGGAGACCACGGGAAUGACAUGUCAGGCCCGGACGUCCUACACGGAGGACGAGGUGCUGUGGGGCCACCGCUUCCUGCCCGUCAUGUCCCUGGAGGAGGGCUUCUUCCGCGUCGACUACUCCCAGUUCCACAACACCUUCGAGGUCAACACGCCGUCCCUCAGCGUCAAGGAGCAAGAGGAAAUGACAUCGCUUCCUUCCCCGGCGCCCGUCACCACCCCUCUCACUCCGACCCUUGGUGGUGGUGGUGGCGGUGGCGGUGGUGGCGGUGGUGGUGGUGGUGGAGGGGAGACAUAUGGCCGACGCGAACGCAUCCUCUCCCUCUCAGGGGUUUCCCACAUGGAGGAACAGGGGCAGAGGCCCAGCAAGCUGCAGAGGAUGAACUCCACCAGGAACGGGAAGGAGGGCGGCCUGAGACCUCCUGGAGGCUCUGGUUCUGGUGGUGGAGGUUCUAGUGGUGGUAGUGGAGGAGGGGGUGGAGGGGCAGCCACACAGCCCACAGAGAAGGCCUCCAGUACGGGUGACCUCCCGCUGAGGAUCCAGAGGCUGGGCUCCAUCCCCUGCCAGCCCCUGGAGGGAGGAGGAUGCGAGGAGCAACUCCAGUUGAGGUCUAUGAAGCCUGGGUCAGACACUCACCUCCUCCAUGUUGGCAACAGCGGAGGUGGGGGUGGAGGUGUUGGGUUGGGGAUGGAGAGGGGGGAACACGGCCAACACAGACUGCAGACCCUGGCAUUGGCCUCUACCCCAAUACCUUCCCCUAACCCCCCGAACCCCAACCCCAACCACCACAACCCCUUGCCUGGGGUAGGGAUGGGUACCAGUGGGCGGCCGGAGGACAACUUGCCGGCAAAGUUGCGCAGGAUGAAUGCGGACCGCUGA